AUGGUGCACGAUGAUGGUUCUGUUGUUGACAAAAUCGAUAUAGAGGAAAUGUUACGUCAUGCAGAACCCGAGGUGCUGAUGGGGUCGGCUAGAGGUUUAAAUAAUUUUGAUGCUUUACAGAAGGCAGCUAAGGAAGUUCUGUACGAUGAGUCGAAGGGCUGUGACAGCGAGUUCACAACACUACGGAAAGAGUACGCUUCUUUAGAUGAAUGCCCAACAUGCGCUGCUAGCCGGUAUAAAUCGAAUAGCAAUACUGGCCUAGAACCGUCUGGCAGAACUGAGGGAACUCAGAGAAAAAUCCCGCAGCUUGUGAUGUGGUACCUUCCUGUCAAAGACCGCAUUAAACGGAUAUACUCAAAUCCGCGAGAUGUGGAACUAAUGCGUUGGCAUGAAGAAGGACACAAGAAGGAUGGGAUUAUUCGACACCCGGCAGAUGCUCGUCAGUGGAUAAACUUUGAUGCUCAGUAUAGAGAGUUUGCUAAGGACCCACGGAACAUUAGGUUUGCCCUGAGUACUGAUGGAGUUAAUCCUUUUGGAGACAUGAGCAGCUCACAUAGUACUUGGCCAGGACCCUGUCAGCCUGGUAUUGAUAUUGACGUAUUUCUUGAACCAUUGUUGGAAGAUAUGGCAGAUUUAUGGAAGGAGGGAUUGAAAGUGUGGGACGAGUACUUAAGAGAAUACUUCACAGUGAAGGUCAUCAUCUUUGUGACCAUUAACGAUUAUCCAGCAAUGUUUUCAGUUUUAGGUCAAAUUAAAGGUAAAACAGGAUGUGUGAUCUGCUUGAAUGGAAUGUACUAUACGUAUCUCCCGGGUUCCAACAAGUUUGUGUACAUGUGGCACCGGCAGUUCCUACGCACAAAUCACAGGUACCGCAAGAUGAAGGCGGAGUUCGAUGGCACUGAAGAGACUGAUCCUGCACCAAAACCUACAUCUGGAGAAAAAGUGUGUGCAAUGAUAGAGAAAAUUGUUUGCGAAUUUGGAAAAGUGACUAAGAAACCAUCAAAGGGGACAAAGCGCAAGAAACCCGAGAAGACUAAGAAACCAGAGGAUAGUAAGAAGCAAGAUGAUAGUACGAAGCUAGAUGAUAAACUCCCUCCCCCAUUCAAGAAGCAUUCCAUAUUCUUUAAGUACCUCUCGUACUGGAAAGAUCUGGAGAAGACUAAAGAUGGUCUGCAAUCACGGAUGGACCUAGUCGAGAUGGGAAUCAGGGAAGAGUUACACCCUCAGGAAGGAGAGAAGAAUGGCAAAGUAUAUCUUCCACCAACCUGUUUCACACUGACUCCUGAGGAGAAGUCAUUUUGCAAAUCACUCCACGAUGUCAGAGUGCCCAUAGGUUUCUCAUCAAACAUCAGUCGACUUGUUUCCAUGAAAGAUUUAUCGGUAUCUGGUUAUAAUUCACAUGACUAUCAUGUCUUCCUCAACGUGUUUCUUGCAAUUGCAAUAAGGGCCAUAAAACCGGAACAUUUAAAGGUUGCUAUCACAAGGUUGUGCUACUUUUUGAACGCACUGUCACAGAAGAUGGUUGCACUUGGCCCAUUGUACCUCCAUCAAAUGUGGUCAUACGAGCGUUACAUGGCGGUUUUGAAGGGUUACGUCCGAAAUCGUGCACAUCCAGAGGGAUCAAUGGUUGAGGGUUAUAGUACUGAAGAGGUUGUCGAGUACUGUAUCGAUUACCUCAAAGAUGGAUAUGUAAUUGGAGUACCUGUGCACCGACACGAGGGCAGAUUGAGUGGCAGGGGAACGAUAGGAAAGAAGAGAUUCGUCACCCAUGAUCACAAAUCAUUCCAAGAAGCUCACUUCAGUGUGCUUCAUCAGUUUGCUAUCGUUGAGCCUUACAUCGAUCAACAUAUCGAAUUAAUACGAGCUAACAAUAAGAGUCACACCACCGAGUGGAUAAUGAAAGAACACAAGCGUCUCUUCAUAGAUUGGUUGCGAGACCUAGACUUACCUGAGGGACAAACUACCGAUGAAAUAACUAUAAAGCGGUUGGCUUGUGGUCCAUCAACUAUAGUAAAUUCUUGGCAGGGAUAUGACAUUAAUGGAUACUCGUUUAGUACAAGAGCCCGAGAUAAUAAGACCUGUACGCAAAACAGCGGUGUCCGUGUGGAGGCAAUUGAUGAAGCCGAGGAAAAACAAUCAUACUUCGGGUUUAGUGAAGAAAUAUGGGAAAUCGACUAUGGGCACACAAUGCAAUUCCCCAUAUUUAAGUGCCAGUGGGUAAAAUACCCGAACGGGGUCAAUGUUGAUAAGUUCAGUCUUACUGUUGUUGACCUUGCGAGUGUGGGUCACAAGGAUGACCCUUGGGUACUUGCCAAUCGCGUGGCACAAGUGUUUUAUGUGAAAGACCCUUCAAAUUUGAAGAAAGAUAUAGUGCAACCAGGGAAACAAAAGAUAUUGGGAGUGGAUAGGGUUGAAGAUGUCGAAGAUUACAAUCAAUACGAUAGUAUGCCACUUUAUAGUCAGUUUGUACAGAAGAUUAAGAAUGUUGAGACAUCUACUCAGAAGACUGUGAAGCCUUACAUGCGCACGGACGGUGUGGGAAAAAAUGUUAAAGGGUAG